UUCCACAGACAUUGGUUUGAAAUUCAUAUUAGAAUUCGAAUUGAUUUUGGUUCAAUUGAAUAACACAAUUAAUGCGGAAAAUUCGCAAAUGAUGCGAAAGCGACUCUGAAAAAAAAGAAAGAGAAUUAAGUAGUCAACAAAUGGGACCAAAUCACAACGACUUUAAGUGUUCACACCGUAGCAGCAGCAGCAGCAGCCAGAGAUUUGCUUUAUACACUUGGUACGCAAGCAGCUGCACCCAGAUCAGCUGGCGUGCUACAUAAAUAAUUCAAAAUAGGAGCGUCGACAUCGUCGACAGCAGCGUCACCAGCACUGACCAGUGACGGCUCGAGGAUGUCGGCGCGCAAGCCAGCAACACCAACACCAGCAGUAGCAACACCAGCAGCCGCCAUCAAGUCGGACAACAAUAAUGCAUCGCCUUCCAAGCUAGAGAUCGAAACCAAGCUCGAACCAAUUGAAAGCGGCGAGGAGGCAACUGCAGCUGGCACCAACUCGUCCGAAACAGCAGACACAACAGCGACAGCAGCGAUUGUUGCUGCUGCGGCUGCUGCUGUUGGUGAGCAGGCACAGUCCCAAGAGCUGGACAGGGACGAGGACCAAGAGAAGGAAAAAGAUAAAGAAAAACCUAAGCUAAAAGAGGAAGAAGAGGAUUCAACUGAGCCCGACCGCUAUGGCGAUCCCUCGCCCCUGAUAACGGAAUGUGGAUCACCGCGCAAGUUCCCUAACGAUAUCCUGAGCCACCUGGUGCACAAUUCAGCAAAGAUAAUGCGCAUCACGCGGCACUCCUCACCGCUGCUGCUGCUGCACGGCAGUUCGCCGACAAGCAAGCGAGAAGCAACAGAUGCCACUGCCGCCUGCAGCGACAGCGAGGAACUUCCCAGCAGCAGCAGCAGCCAAAGAAAGAGCUCCAUUGAGCGCAGCAGCAGCAAUAGCAACAACAGUAACAACAACAGUGCUGGGAGCGUUUCGCUUAUACGCGGUCGCAAGUCCAUCAAGGAGCUGAAGGAAGCCAAAGAGGCGGCUGCCAAGUCUAGCGAGGAUUUGCUAGCCAAGGAGGAGGAAACCAGCGAGGCCAUGGAGCUGGACGCAGCGACGACAGCUGAUGCCGCCAAGGAAGCGAAAGAUACAAAAGACAAGGACAAAGAGAAGGAAUCUACGCCCACUUCCACGACAGCUGCAGCGCCAGCCCCAGCCCCAGCCCCAGCAACGCCUACUGGAGCGACCACGCCCACUUGCAAUCGCGUCACACGCAAGGCCCACGCCGCCCAGGAGCUGGCGUUGGCAAUCAAUACACGUGUCACGCGCAAUCGCCGCCAAUCCUCAACCACAACCACAACUUCCAGCACAUUCAACAAUGAGCCACAGCUGCCGGCACGUGGGCGUCGGAAAAAGCCAACGCAGGCCGAAGCCAAGGAGCUACUGAAGCGCAAGCGCAGCGACGAUGAUGCCUCCGAGCUGACGCUUAAGUACGCCAAAGUGGAGGUCAAGGAUGAGCCGGAGGAGGAGCAGGAUGCCGAUGAAUCUAUGGCUUCCAAGUCAGCGCUCAGCAUUAAGCUCGAGCCGGCUGAUAGCGAUGAGCAAGUUUCACCAGCCACGCCCACUCCCACUGCCACACCCACAUCCACACCUGCGACGCCCACACAGCAGUCGGCCAACCGACGCGGCCGCGGCAGACCGCAGGCCAAGGCGACGCCCACAAGCACGACCAGUGGCAAUGCCAAUGCCAAUGCCAGCGCAUCCACACGCGCUACGCGUCACAGUAAGGCGGGCUCGCCAGGAUUGUUUCCUGUUGUGGCGGAACCCGCGCCGCCCAAGCGUCGUCGUGUGGGCUCCGCCAAUCGCAGUCUGCUGGCGGCCAAGCCAGUGUCUGCCAGCUCGAGCGGCACACAUGCGGAUGAGGACUCGAAGGACAGUUUGGCUUCCAGUCUUAUGGAUGAUCUGCUGCUGGCGGUGGAGGCGGAGACAGACGCUACAGAGCCACCAGCUGAAGAUCCUCCUCAGCAGCCGAAACUGGAACUGACUGAAGCAGAGCAGGAGCAAGAAGUGGCAGUCCCAGUCCCAGUCCCAGUUAAUGGAAUUGAGCCGCUAACUGUGGACACCGAGGCCGCCAGUGGGCUGAGCAAAAGCCAAGUGGCCAGCGAGCUGGACAAACUGACUGUGAACGACACAGAGCCGCAGCCGGAAGCGGAGACAGAUGUUGAGGCUGGAGCGCUGCCAGAGUCGGAGGAGUCCGUCAAGGCAGCCUCGCUAAGUCCUGAGCUGAUCAGCGAGGGCGUCAGCGCCAUCAGUGUCAAGCAGUUCUACAAGAAGCCAGAGUUCCUCGCCAACAAUCUGGGCAUUGAGCAGGAUCCCGAGCUGGGUGAGAUUGUGCAAACAGCAACGGCGCCUGACACAACCACAUCGGGAGAGUCCACAGUUAAGCUGGAGUUGGAGACCGAGCAAGAGCAGGACCGGGAUCAGGAUGCGGAGCCCACGCUGGACGACUCCACGGGCGGCAUGUUGGAGCUGCGAGUGGCGGACAGCGGCGAUGAAGCGGAGCCUGCCGUGCUCAACGGAGUGUGCGACGCACAGCAGUCAGCGGCGGCGGCGGCGGCGGCGGCGGCGGUAGCCAAGACAGAAGAUUACGAUGACUUUGAGAGCGAGAUUAUGGAGCAGCUGGCCAAAGAGGGCGUGGUGGACGCCAGCGGCAAUGCGCUUAGCGCUAGCAAGCCAGGCGAGGAGCAAGGGCUUCCAAGUGAUGCUGCCGAUGAGGCUGAAAAGAAGGUGGACGACGACGAUGAUGAUGAUGAUGAGGAGGCUGAGCUGGACAAGAAGAAGGCAACGGCUGCCUUGGAGGACAGUAAAGAGACGCUGGAGGUGGAGCCUUACACAGAGGAGCAAGAGGCUGAGGCUAAUGCGGAAGCCGAUGACGAUGCUGAGGACGAAGUGGCAGCUGAAACGGAAGCGGAAGCUGAAGCUGAAGCUGCAGAAGAAGCGGAAGCUGAAGCUGACGCUGAAGUGGAUGCCAAUGCCGAAAUACAAUUGCUAGCCGCUGGCGAGGAGAACUGCGACUAUCCGGAGGAGAACAAAGAGAAUGUGACCAGCUCAGCUGCGUUGGUGGACAGUCAUGAAGCCAGCAUGGACAUGGAUAUUGACUUGGAGCUUAAAGUGAACGAUAGCGGGGAGUGUGUCAAGGAAGAGAAGCCACUGACUGAUAUUGCAAGCAAGCUAGACCUGGAGCAGCUGCCCAAGGCCGAGGGCAAUGGCAAGCUUAAGCUGAAACUGCAACUGCCGCUUCCAGACAGCGGCGGCAGCGGCGGCGACGAUGAGGAAAAGGAGCGCCAUCUACAAAAUCUUGGCCUGCUCACGCAUCAGGCAGCCGAGCAGCUGCGUCAAGAGUACAUCCAAGAGGCCAACUCGCGUGCCAUCCACCAGCAGCAGCAGAUUCAGCAGCACUCCGGCAAGCGCCAAGCGAGCAAAGCUGGCGCGGCACACAUCGAGUCCAGCGGCACACUCAAGACAGUCAUCAAGCUCAAUCGGAGCAGCAAUGGUGCCGCUGGCAGCGGCUCUGGCGUUGCCACAGGCACUGUGAUACAUGGAGGUGCUGGUGGUGCAGCGGGCCAGUGCGCUGCCAGCUCCUCAAGCAGCAGCACGGGAGGAUUGGGCGGCGCCAAGCGCAAAGGAGGCGGCGGCGGCGGCGGCUUGGGCUCUGGUGCGGCGGGCAGCGGCGCUGGUGGAGCCUCAGCGCACGGCGUGCGUCGUCAGUCGCUUAAGAUGACAUUCCAAAAGGGACGCGCACGUGGUCAUGGCACCACAGAUCGCACCGCCGAUCAGCAUGGCGCCCAUGCUGAGGACUACUACACCAUACAGAACGAGAACGAAGGUGCGAACAAGUCCAAUUUGAAUGCGGAUUCGUCGCACUCGGAGGGCCAAAGCAGUGGCCAGCAGCUGGAUCAGGGCUUCUUCUAUCAGAUGGUCAAGAAGGACGAAAAGGAGAAGAUACUCAUACCGGAGAAGGCCUCCUCGUUCAAGUUCCAUCCGGGUCGACUGUGCGAGGAUUGCUGCUACUACUGCAGCGGCAAAUUCGGACUCUAUGACACACCCUGCCAUGUGGGCCAGAUCAAGUCCGUGGAGCGCCAACAGAAGAUACUCGCAAAUGAGGAGAAGCUGACGGUGGACAAUUGCCUCUGCGACGCGUGCUUUCGUCAUGUGGACAGACGCGCCAAUGCGCCGUCCUAUCGCAAGCGUCUCUCCGCCCCCGGACAUCUGGAGACGGGCAACAACAGCAGCGCAGGCGGCAGCGCUACAGCGCACUUCAGCGGCGGCGGCGGCGGCGGCGAUGCGGGCAACGAUGGCGAACUCGCCUCCAGCUCCAACUCGGCGGUGCAGCGUGUGUGCGCCGUCAAGGAGUGCGCGGAUCAGGCCACCCACUCGCUGCGGCGCAAGUGCGUGCGGAAGAGCGUCAAGAAGUGUCUGCUUAGCUUUGAAAUUCCCGCGGGCACCUCGAACGUUUGGCUCUGCGAGCCCCACUACAACACAGUCAUCCAAUCCUCGGGCUGUGUGCUCUGCAAGCGACGUCUGGGCAAGAAUCACAUGUACCACAUAACGCUGCAGGACACGGAUCGCUUGGAGAAGGCGCUCGCCGAGAUGGGCAUACCCGUGCAGCUGGGCGUGGGCACUGCCGUCUGCAAGCUUUGCCGCUACUUUGCCAAUCUGCUGAUGAAGCCACCAGACAGCACCAAGUCCCAGAAGGCGGAUUUUGUCAAGACCUAUCGCAAGCGCCUGCUCAAGGUGCACAAUCUGCAGGAUGGCAGCAACGAGGCAUCCGAGGUGGAUGAGGAGGAUGCCAGUGGCAAUGCCACCAAUGUGCCCACCGGCACUGGCGCAACAAAUCUUCAAGCUGCAGUCGCUGCGCCCGAAGCGCCGGCCAAUUGUGAUGAAGCCUCCACGGAGCUGCCCAUGGCAGUGGACUACGAGGGCCACACGGACUCCAAUUCGAGCAGCUCCUCCACUACGCCGCUGGCCAGCAGCGCCAGCGCCAGUGCCAGUGCCGCCGCCGCCGCUGCCAGCAAGCAAAUGUCCAAACUGCAGGCAAUACUUCAGCAGAAUCUAGGCGGAGGCGAUGCGGCAGCUGGAGCGACAGCUAAUGGCGCCAAUUCCAGUUCCAAGUGCUCCAAGUCGGGAGCUGAUAUAUCCAAUGUGCUGCGCGGCAAUCCCAACAUCUCCAUGCGCGAACUCUUCCACGGCGAGGAGGAGCUCGGCGUGCAGUUCAAGGUGCCCUUUGGCUGCAGCAGCAGCCAACGUACGCCGGAGGGCUGGACCCGCGUGCAGACGUUCCUGCAGUACGAUGAGCCCACGCGUCGCCUCUGGGAGGAGCUGCAAAAGCCCUACGGCAAUCAGAGCUCCUUCUUGCGUCACCUCAUACUGCUCGAGAAGUACUACCGCAAUGGCGACCUCAUCCUGGCCCCCCAUGCAUCCUCCAAUGCCAGCGUCUACACCCAGACUGUGCGCCAGCGUCUCAAUUCCUAUGACCAUGGCCACUGCGGUGGACUAGCCAGCGACGCCAAGCAUGGCUCAACCUGCGGCUCCGGCGCCACCUCCCCGCAAAGCACAGCUGAUGGUGUUGCCGCCGCUGCCAACAGCAGCACGGAGCACCAGCAGCAGCAGCUGUCCAGUCAGACUACAGAUGUUUCCAUACCGCUGGUGGAGCUCAACGAUGACGACGACGAGGAGGAGAUGGAGGAUGAGUGCAACGAUGAGAGCGAACAGCAACUGGAGCAACUGCCGCUGGAGCGAUUGCGCAACGUCUCCGUCGACAAGCUGACCAAGCAGCUGAGCUCCAAUGCUGUCACCAUCACAGCUCGUCCCAAAGACACUGCGGCCGGCAAGAAGCUAGCAACGCCAGCUAACGAUGCAGCAGCAGCAGCAGCAGCUGAAGAGACGACGUCCAAGGCAGCAGCAGCGCAGCUCAAGGAUGCGCCGGCGCUGGUGGCAACGUCUGCAGCCAACAGCCGCAGCAUACUCAAGGCCAAUCUGCUGGGCAUGAACAAGGCGGUGGAAAUUGUGCCGCUCAGCAAUCAGCAGCAGCAGCAGCAGCAGCAGCAGCAGCAGCAACAGUCGUCUAACAAUAAUAACAACAACAACAACAAUAAGCCCGCCGCCAGUGAGAAGCCACGACGUCAGCAGCUGGAUGAAAUGUUAAUUUCCAUACAGCAGCAACAACAACAGCAGCAGCAGCAGCAACAGCAACAGUCGAGCAACAAAACAAACUCGAAUGAUAAGCAGCAGCGACGUCAGCAGCUGGACGAUAUGCUGUUGUCCAUACAGCAGCAACAACAGCAACUCAAGAACAAGCCAACGCUGCCGACGCUAAUGCAACAACAACAGCAACAUCAGCAGCAGCAGCAGCAACAACAGCAGCAGCAGCAGCAGCAAUCUACACGUGGUCCGCCUAAUGUCGCCCAGCUGCUAAGCUCGCCACCGGAGCUGAUCAGUCUGCCACGUCGUCGCACCAGCGGCAACAAUGCCUCUGGUAGUGGCGCCUCCACAGCUGCUGCUGCUGCUGCUGCUGCUGCCGGCAGACGACUGCAAUUGCCGCGCAGCUCUGGCACAUCGGCGGGGGGCGCGCCUAGUGUCAUCAUAUUGCCCGAUACGCUGACGCCGCAGGAGCGCCAGGAGAGCAAGAACUGGAAGCCGACGCUAAUACCGCUCAAAGAUUAUCACAAAACGCUGCCCAACAAAUCGCCAGCGAUGUUCCAAAGCGCCGACGGACGGCGACAUCCCGCGCAGGUGCAAGUGCAGUCCGGUGGCAAACCGUAUCUCAUCUCCAUCAUUGACUACAAUCGCUUGUGCAUAUUGCGGCGCGAGAAGCUGCUGCGCGAUCAGAUGCUCAAGUCGAAUGCCAAGCCCAAGGCGGGCCAGCAGCAGCAGCAGCAAAGUCAGUCCCAGCAGCAGCAGCAGUCCAACUACAGUCCAAGCAGCAUCAGCAAUCUGAGCAAGAUGGCAGCAGUGCAUCAAACUGCGCGCAAUCAGCUGCAGCAACUGCAGCAGCAACAACAGCAGCACAAAUAUCAGCAACAGCAGCAGCAGCAGCAGCAACAAAUGCCAGCACUGCAGCCAAGUGGAGCUGCAACUGCGGGCAACUUGCGUCUGGCGCGCUUGGCGCCCAAGCCGAUGCCGCCAUUAAGCAGCGCCACACAAAAUGCUGGCAGCAGCAGCAGCAGCGCCGGCGGCGGCGCACAGACUUUUAGCUUUCAGCCCUCGCUAGCCAACAUACUGGCCGCCAAUAUGGCUACAGUCAAUGCGCUGGCCAGUGACAACAGAAACGCCUCGCUGGACAACAAGAGCUGCUGGCUAUUGAAGAACUUUCCCGAAACUCAAUUCAUGUCGAAUGGCAACGGAGCAGUUGUCAGCAAGCUGCCGCAGCUGAGCAGCAAACCGGCAACGGCCACCAGCGGCAGCAGCGGCAGCAGCAGUGAGUUAACUGGAGGGGGCGGCAUUAGCUACUCGUUGAAGCAGCAGCAGCAGCAACAACAGCAGCAAAAGCUCAUCGACAACGUCAUCAUGUCCAAGAUACCCAAAAGUCUUACAGUCAUACCACAGCAGAUGGGUGGAGGUGGAGCAGGAGCAGGUGGUAGCGGUGCAGGCAAGGACUGAUGACUGAAACUACAACUCAAUCAACUCAAGGGAUCCUGCCAGUGAGCAAGAGUAACAAACGCAUUUCAAGAAUACACGAGAUCAGAGUCAGAUUAAAGAGGGAACAGCUUUGGUUACGAUACGAUCCCAAAAAUGAUGACACAAUGCAUAUUCCAUUAAAUAUCAUAGCCGACUAACGGCUUAAGAUAUUUCACAUAUUAAUUUAAACAGAUAAAUCCCCAAACACUUCGAAGUGUGCGUAGAAGCUGCGAGAAAGCAACAAAAAUUAAAAGAAUAAACAACAACAACAACAAAAAAAGUAUACAUAUAGUAGUUACAUAUAUAU